UGUGUUGUUUUUUUUCUUCUUCUUCUUCUUCUUCUUCUUCUCCGGGACAGGAGACAAGAGGGUCCGAGACACCUGUCAGGAGGACUACACAUCCAAGAGCUGCAUGUGAGGCAACCGGAGGCUGCGUGUUUGGCCAUGGACGCGCUCUUAUCGUUAUUAUAAGCUGUCCACGGAGCGUAAAGUUAAACCGCCGCUGUCUUCCCCUUCUUCCUUUGUGUUACAGUCUCUCUUCUUUUUUUUUCUUUUUUUUGUAUAUUUUUUUAUUUAUUUCCACCCAAGCCGCAUGAGUUCGCCGCUGUUUUUAGGUCAGCUGGUCGGGGUUCCGUUAGAAAUCAUGCACCCCACCAUGGAGAAAGACACAACUUACACCAAGAUCUUUGUCGGCGGCUUGCCUUAUCACACCAACGACGCUUCACUUCGGAAAUAUUUCGAGACUUUCGGGGACAUCGACGAGGCUGUGGUGAUCACGGACAAACAGACCGGAAAAUCCCGAGGAUACGGCUUUGUGACCAUGGUGGAUAGAGGGGCAGCAGAGCGGGCGUGCAAAGACGCAAACCCCAUCAUCGACGGCAGGAAGGCCAACGUGAACCUGGCGUACCUGGGAGCGAAGCCUCGCAGCUCACAGACAAGUCUUUCUGUUGGAGUUCAGCAAGUCCAUCCUACGUGGGCUCAGAGGCAAUAUGGGCUCUCCCAGCAGUACGUCUACCCCCAGGCCUUCCUUCAGCCCAGCCUCCUGCUUCAGUCUCAUCUGAGUCCCACAGCCGCAGCACUCACCUCCCCAUACCUGGACUACAGCUCGGCCUACAGCCCCUACGCCCCCACAGGGCUGGAGCAGUACCCCUACACCCCUUCACCGUCGCCCUCCGCCGGCUACCUCAGCUACAGCUUUUCCCCUGGUACGCCAGCGCCUGCUCUCACUGCCUCCCCGACCCCUCCGGCCGCCAUCCACCCUCCUCUGGCUGCGCUCACCACUGUGUCGGCCGCCCCGCAGGCCUUCCUCCACUACCCCCUGCACCAGCCCGACCGCAUGCAGUGAGCCACUCCGAGCCGAGCUGCGGCCGCCAACCUGAUGAUUCAAAACAGCGUGACUCUUGACCUGUGACAUCAUCAGGAAGAGACUGGAUCAGAGAGUGUGAUGUAAUCAAAAGGGCUUUUCGAGAGCACUCUCAUUCCUGUUUUUUAUAUAUUAUUGUUGUAAUAGUUAAUGAAAAUGUUCUACUGCUAUUGUCAUCAGCAUACACUGAAUGUUUUUCAUAAGUGGCAGCAGUCAGGGACUGGAAUCAGACGACUGGUAAUCUUCUGGAUGUCUCUCUCUCUCUCUCUCUCUCUCUCUCUCUGUCUCUCUUUCUUACUGCUGAGUUUGGAGGCAGUCUGACUGUCGGAGAGCACCUGGGUAAAGACAAUGAGAAAUAUGUCUGUUUGACACGAUGCUGUGGCUGCAGUUUCUCUACAGGUACUGAGCUGAAUGCUGGAUUUAAGCCAAGCUGAGAGCCAGUUCCUCUGUCAGAAACACAGGUCCAAUUACCUCCUCCUCAAGGUUACCUUUCUGUCUAUGGCCUUAGAUUUCUCUCUCUGUACCUGGUUCCAUUUGUCAUUUUUAUUAGUCACUUAUGUCAGAUGAACAAAAUGUUUAUUGUACCCCCCCCUUUUGUUCCUUUUGUUGUUUUACUGCUGGCAAGUUAUUACAAGGUGAUUAUCACAGAAUAUGCAAUUAUGACGACAGAGGAUGAGCAUGAAUAAGGUAGACAACACUGGUAUAUUGUUUUUUUGUAUUGCAACUGCUAGACCAUUACUCAGAGAAUGACUUAAACACUUAAAACACAAUAUUCAUCACAUACAUUUCCUGUAGCCGCAUAUUAGGCUUUCUUUUAAGUUAUUCUGGGGGCUUUUUAGCCUUUAUUAUAGCAGAAAGUGGAGAGAGAGAGACAGGAAAUGUGGGGAGAAGAGUCGGGGAAGGACAUGCAGCAAAUGGCGUGGGUCACAUUCGAACCCAUGGCCGCUACAUCUGGGACUAAAGCCUCUGUUUAUGAGUCCCUGCUCAACAAGUUGAGCUACCUGGGCACCCUGUUUAUUAGGCUUUCUUGACCUGCAACCUUUAGAGCAAGAAUGUCUUUGGAUUCGGUCUUUGGACACUGUUUGGUUUUGUGAUAUUCAGUUACAUAGUUGUCGAUACAUAUCAAGUAAAUGUGUUUGGAUGUGUGUGUGAGUGAGUGUGUGUUUGCUGUCUGUGUGUGUGAGUGAGCAAGAGAGAAACAGAGCGAUGCAGUAAACACCAGUGUCAGGACGGAGCUCCUUUUCCAGCCACUUGUACUGGUCAGAGUUGUUUCUUUGUCUUUUUUCCAGCUGCAGAAUACUGAUACUGGAGUCUCUUGGUGCCGUAGCACCACCUUAGUAGUCUUAAAACAAGCCAUACAUCUCAUUUUAAACAAAUAUGCAAAAUAAAAUGAAUAUUUCUAAAUGAGA